GCCUCACUCGGGUAAAGUCGGGUGAACACGGGCCGUUUGUUUUUGUCCAAUUUAUUUGGGAAAACUAAAAAACUUCGUUGUUUUUAGUUUAGAAAUGCAAUUUUGAAUAUUGCACAAACUCAAGUUUGCAUUGAAAUUGGCUGAAGUAUCUGAAACAUUUCAAAAUGAGUUUCGUCGACCUCGCAACGUUAACUAUGCACCGACGGCAAGAAAUGGAAGCCCGGACACAAAUCUUUCACGAGAAAUGUGAUCGCGCGGUCGAAGAUAUAAAAAGGUUAAAACAGAAGACCGAUGGCUUCGCACAACAACUCAACUGUGAUCCGAAUGAGCUGAAAGAGAGAUUCCUGAACUGCAUGAAACAGCUUGAUGAAUACAUGUAUCUUAUAACCGAUUUUAAUAUUGCCAUUUCUAAACUUGAUGAAGCUACCGCUACUGACAAUACCCCUGUGCAUGAUACACCAGCAAAACCGUUAAUGCCAACACCCAUGGCUCCAUACAACCUGAUAGACGCACUGAGUGAGCCAGCCCCUUCAACAUCAACAUCUUGCUCAAAUAACUGCCCUCCGGAAAAACCAAAAAGGGCUAAAACGCUGAAAGAAAACCAGCCUUUGAUUGUGUUUUCAAGCAGUUCUGCUUCAGAAGAAAGUGUUCAGCAAAUGAAGAGUGAAGUGGCAGCGAAGGAGGUUCAAUGUGAACUUGACGCUGAGUUACGGAACGUAAAGAUAGAAGAUCCGCCAACAACGUCAGUAGCUACAUCGCCUUCAGAAAGCAGUAACCUGCCGGCUCAAACUAUACUCGAAACAGAACACGUGUACGACGCUACCAUCAUGCACGUCGACGGCACUUUCUUCUGGGUCAUCACCGAGGAUCCUGAGGAAGUUAAGAACCUCAUGAUUGAUAUGACGAAGUUCUACAGCGAGCACCACAGGGAUAUCGACGCGAACGAAGUGAAGACGCUCACCUGCUGCGCCUUCUACGAUGACGAUAGCAAAUGCUACUACCGAGGCCUGUUCCUUAAACUUAAUGAUGAGGACAACACUUUAGCAGAGAUCUUCGUGGUGGAUACAGGAGAGAUGCGCGUCGCGCCGGUGGAAUGUGUUCAGCCCUUGUACAGGCGAUUCUGUGCCAAACCGCCCUACGCUCGCUGCUGCCAUCUAGCGGGGGUGGACCUCGUAAGCUACAACAAUAAGAGUCUGAUGGAGAAGCAGGAGGUGUUCAUGUCAGCGUACAUCGGCACGCAAGCCAGCAUCGAGGUUGAUGAUAAUACGUCUGAAUCUCUAGGCGUGUACGUGAUAUUGCCGUCUGGCGAGACUCUGAAUAAAAUUAUCGUGCAGCAAGGAUUAGCCCUACCAAUAGACAAGCUGGCUGGCGACCAGGCGGCAGCUGGGCCUAGUGACGGACUGGAUAUAACGGACUGCCCCGAGUAUGACGACCCCGUUGAAGCUGUAACGGGCUACAAAAAUCGGGACGAGAUUGAUAUUUGCAAGCAUUACAAGGGCGGUCCAGAAAAGACUUGCUUCAAGGGAUCCCGGUGCACCAAGAAACAUAUUCUCAAACACCCUGAUGGUUGGACCUUAGAUCGUAUAGCAGUGAUGGGUAAAUGCAAGUCUAUCCCGCUGCCGGCCCCGGACACGUGGCUCAAAGUGCUAGUGACCAAUGUCUGCCACUACGACAGAGUCUACGUGCAAAUCAUAGACGAAAAUGAAAACGAUGAGAUCCCAAGCUUUGGCGUAGUACUGCCCGCGACCACUCUGCCUGCCCUCGUGAGAGACAUGAACAGUCUGGCCACCAUAGCGGCAUACAAACCACUUAUGGUGGCACCGGCGCAAGGAGAAUUAGUUGCAGCCUUGUAUCCCUUGGACAACAAGUGGUACAGAGCUCGAGUGUUGUCUGUCACUAGGGCUGAUCAGACUGUCGAGGUGCAGUACGUAGACUACGGCACAGUGAUGUGGGUGAAAGAGGACCAGCUUCGAGUGCUGGAGGCCCGCCACAUGGCCCUCCCAGCGCAGGCGAUACGCUGUGCACUCGCGGGAGUGAGGGCACGGUCUCAGUUGUCCCAACAGUGGGCACAGGCCAAGAGGGCACUCUCCGAAAUGCUGCAGGAUACCUUGCUGGACGCUCAUGUUAUAGCACGAGAGUACGAUGAAAUAACCGUGGAAUUAUUUGACAAGGACGGCUACAGUAUAGCGGAUCAAUUAGCUGCAAUAAACAUGGUCGAACUGACCCCAUACAGCGUUGUCUACGACACAGAAACACAUAAAGUUGUCGUGCCUUAGAUAAUAGGUAUAAUACAUAAUAUUUUAUAGACUUUUAGUAACAAAUUAUCUAUUAUUAAAUAUUUCUGUUGUUA